AUGUUAGAUAUUGUGCUCAGUACUCUUUUGGAAACCAUACCAAUUGGUGUCCAUCUCGGCCAGAGGCUCCAGUUCCUGUCGCCACACCUUUUCACCCCCAGAAGCGGGUUUUAUUCCUCAGCCGGAAACCCGACCACAACCCGGAAACCAUCGGCAGGCCCAAAUCGGUCCGUGAACCACGUUAGAAUGACAAAAUAUAGGAUAGUUGGAGUUGGGAUGAUGGGAAGAGAGCAUCUCAUUAAUCUUUACCACCUCAAGAAUGAAGGUGUUGUCGUGGUCGCUAUAGCCGAUCCCCACGUGCCUUCCCAACACCAGGCCUUGAAUCUUGCAAACUUUCACCCAACACCCCACAAUGUCUUGGUGGAAAAGCCGCUCUACACAACUGCUACAGACUGCAAAAAGGUCAUAGAUGCUGCUGCGAAGAGACCGGAUGUUCUAGUACAAGUCGGGUUAGAAUACAGAUACAUGCCGUCUACCGCUAAAUUGAUUGAUUUGGUGAAAGAUGGAGUUUUGGGACGAGUCAAGAUGGUUUCCAUUCGGGAACACUGA